AUGGCCUUCUUACGGCAGCUAGGUCUGGGCCAGAUCGAGUCGGUGCAUGAUUAUGUCGACGUCCUGAUUCCACUCGAGGAAGCCCAUCGUCAUAGCCACUCUGUGCGGACGGGUCGAAAUGAGCUCACGUCGCCGCCUGAUGAGCCCGGGGGUCGCGCAGCCGCCAAGGCUGGGAACAGCGAGUGCCAGGGCAUGCUCGAGCCGGACGCAGCCGAGUACACCAUCGAAGGACUGCGGCAGGAAACGCGUCAAGGGCCCAGCGGGCGGCGGUGGACCGAGUACGAGAUCAAGUCGAAGCUCAUCAACAAGGCGAUCCAGGAUAUCGGCAUGGGUACCUACAACUGGCAGCUCUUCAUCCUCUGCGGCUUUGGAUGGUUUGCCGACAACCUUUGGUUGCAGGGCGUAUCCUUGUGCCUCCCCUCGUUGUCGGCCGAGUUCGACGUGUCGGAGAAAAAGGUUCGGUACACGACGAGCGCCCUCUUUGUCGGCUUGUCCGCUGGCAGCGUCAUGUGGGGUAUCGGAUCCGACUUUCUGGGACGUCGGCUCGCCUUCAACGUGACUCUUCUCAUCACGAGCCUCUUUGGCAUCAUAUCAGCCUACGCCCAGAGUUGGGGCGAGGUCUGCUUUUUCUUCGCCGCCCUGGGCUUCGGCGUUGGCGGCAACCUCCCCGUCGACGGCGCCCUGUUCCUCGAGUUCCUGCCAGACGCCUCGAGCGCGCUUCUCACCCUCCUCUCGGUGUGGUGGCCCAUCGGCCAGCUUGCCUCGUCCCUGGUCGCCUGGUUCUUCAUCGCGAACUGGCCGGUCGAGCAAGGUUGGCGUUACUUUGUCGUCACGAUUGGCAUCAUCACCCUCUCCAUGUUCAUCGUCCGCUUCUUCCUCUUCCACCUUUUCGAGUCCCCCAAAUUUCUCCUCCACAGGGGCAGACAAGCCGAGGCCGUCGCCGUCGUCCACGGGAUCGCCUUUCGAAACGGGAAGAAGACGUGGCUCACGGCGGACAUACUCGAUCAGGUGGCUCACGAGGACGUCGAGCAGACCGUACCGCAGCCUGCGUCGGCCAGGAGCGCUCUCAAGGAGAGGCUUGGGGCCUUUUCGGGCGACCGCAUCAAACCUCUGUUCAAGACCAGAACGCUGGCCGUGGCGACUCUUCUCAUCUGGUUCUGCUGGGCCACCAUCGGCAUGGGCUACCCUCUCUUCAACGCCUUUCUGCCCCAGUACCUUUCCCACCGCGACACGGGCGAUGAAAGCUCGGAAACGGCACCCAUCUCGGCCGAGACGUAUCGUAACUACGCCAUCACUUCCGUCCUCGGCGUCCUCGGCAGCCUGCUCGCCGCCUACCUCGUCGAUCACCCGUCCCCCUUCUUGGGCCGCCGGGGCACCCUUGCCUGCUCGACGCUCGUCUCGGCCAUCUUCCUCUUUUUCUUCGUCGCCUUCGGCACGACGCCGGCCGCGCAGCUCGCAUUUUCCUGCAUCGAGGCCUUUUCCCAGAACAUCAUGUACGGUGUGCUGUACGCCUUCACGCCGGAAAUAUUCCCCGCCCCCGUGAGGGGCGCCGGGACCGGUGUCGCGAGCUUCCUGAAUCGCUUGACGGGGCUGAUGGCACCUGUUGUGGCCGCCACGGUGCCUGGGGACGGUGUCUCGGUGCCCAUAUUCCUGUCAGGCAUCCUCAUACUCGCCGCCUUUGUGGGCAUGUGUCUGAUCCCCGUCGAGACGAGGGGCGCGCAGAGGCUGUGA